AGUCACUGCAGCAACACCUUCACUUUGAACACUGAGGAGAAAGCAGAAGUGGACAGCCUCCAUCCCUCGUUCCUCUCCAUCAAAGAAGGUAAAGGCUUUUCACUUGGCUGCUAAAUUCAAAGAGAAACCCAAAAUGAAGCUUAAGUUUACAUUUAUACUUGUUUCAUACAUGUAUUACUGUCUGUAUGGAGUCUUAUAUCUGAAAAAGAAAAAAAAAGUAUUUAAAAUCACUUCCUUAAAAAAAGGUUGAUUUUGGGACGUUACCCCCAUAGGAGCAAAGAGCUGGGAUGUUUGCUCUGAAUUAAAAAAAUGGUCAUCCUCAUUGGGCGGUUGGUUAGUAUUUAUCCAGCUUAUUAAAUAUUUAUCAAAAUCUUUAUGGUUUCUUAUGAUGUUGUGGUUAAUUUGAUCUUUUCUGUUAUUAUUUUUGUUUUUAGUUCUUGAUAUUAAAAUGUUGUUGGGCUAUUUUCUCUGUCAGGUUCUUGUGCUUUGUUCCUCUGUCUCUCUUUAAUUUUUCUGGCCAAAUGAUAGCAGAUUUGGAGGCUUUAACAUGCCCCAAAGAUUGUUUUCACACAUGCAGGGCCUGGUGAAAAAGCUGGUUGGUUUUGGUCAUCGAUUUCAUAAAACAAAUCCCCAAAUACCUCCAUGGAGCACCUUUCUAUUACCAGUUUGCAUACUUUUAGCCUUACUGAACGGUUCAACUUACAUGCAGGAUUUUUCCUGGGUGUAGGCCAAGGCGUGAAAAAUCCUCUUAAACCCAACAUAGAGUCCACUGAUUUCAUUUAAAUGUUUGAUGGCAUGAUUCACAGGCUGCAGAUUUUAAUGAAUUUUACCUGCAGCUUUUGUUUUACAUCAUACAGUGUGUCACUGACAUAAAAAGGGGCGACAGGAAUUUCUUUAACUCCUUCAUACAGUCUGACAACUACUUGAUAUUUCAUAUUCAUGAUCAAGGUUGACACCUAAAAACAUCUAUAUGCUAAUUUCUCUACUACCAUCAUGGCACCAACCCGUAGAAAAACAUGGCAUUAGCUUUCACAUCCAUUGUUCCAUUCUGACAGGUGAUAGUGGUCCCAGCCAAAACUCAGCUGCAUAUCCAUUUUUCUCAAAGUAAUAGUGCCAUCUAGUGGGCACAAGCAACAUUAACUAAAAUAUACCCUUCAGCCUACAAUCUUCUCACAUUAAUUUACAUUGUCAGGAAGAUUCCUAGAACACUGUUUUACAUGUUAUAAAUAAAAUAUACAUGCUAACAGAUCUACAAACACAUUUAGCUCAUAGUGAUUGUACCACCUACUCACAGCUGCUGCCCAGGCACAUUGUGUUGCAAAACUACAGCUGCUACAGGAACAAACCUAUGCAAAGGUGCGAGGACCCACUUAUUAACUCUUGUGGUUUAAUUAUUAUUAAAAUUAAUUUUAUUAUUUUUAAUAUUAUUAAACCAAUAAUGACAGAUAUUAUACAGGUAUAUUAGAUGACCCAGCAUCCCCUGUGCAUAGACAAUACCUAAGGGGUUAUAUUUGCAAAACACUUUUACAUUUUUUUUUCUUUUUUCAAUGAGUAUAAUCAUCUGUGAUUGAUGAUUUGGACAACCUCUGAACAAAUGCUCUCCAGGUGAUAAGUGAAAGUAUUUAUCAAAGGUAGAAAUGAAGAAAGGCAUAACAGUUUAACAUGUUACAUUUUCUUUUUAGUUGAUGUUGGAAACAGCUGUUACUACUGUGCUGUUUAUUGCUGCUGACCACAGCUGCCAUCCACAAUGAAGGCAGAGGCUACAAAGGUAAACCUGCUUUAGUUUUUAGCACUAUAUCACUUUAAAAGCAAAAAAGCAGCUGAUUCUGUAUAAACAGGUGAUUGGAUUACAGUAUGAUCAUCGCAUCUAGCAACACAUUCUGGCCAAAUCUUAUUUUUGCCUUAAUGUCUUUGGUAGAAAUCAGGGCCCAGUAUUGCAAAAGUAAUCUGACUGGAUUCAGAUGACCAAAUGGGAUAAAAGCUUGAAAACAAGUUUCUCAAAAGAAGGCAAGGGUUAAUAAGAUAGUCAUCAAGUCUCACCAAAAGUCUAUAAACUUUUAAAACUUAGUAAAUCCCGACUGAAAGCCAAAUGAAAUAAAUUUGCUCAGUAGGUCAAGCUAAAAAUUUAAUUUUUGUGACAAAGUAGAUGAGACCAAAUUUUCUAGUGUGAAAAACAUCAAGGAUUUUGUGCCUAUAAGUGAUUGUUAAUAUCUUUGACUGGACCACAUUUAAAAAAUACAAAUUCAUAAGUCAUAAUCUCAUGAGAAUAAAGUCUCACUAACAUCUCUUUUUCAUAAGAAUACUGUGAAGUCAUAGCCACAUAAUGCUGUUUAGAAGGGGAAUAUUCCAAGUCAACAUUAGAACUUCAUUUUCUUACUACCAAGUUUUAAACGUCCUUUAAUCUCCAUUAACCUUGUCUGUGUGCAGAUGGCUGGCCUCUGCUGGAUGGCAGUGAUUCUGUCAUUUUUCCUGUCUACUGAAAACAGUUUGGCUGCUGUGAACCCACACAAGCUGGCGACACUUGUUCAUGGAAUUUCAAAGGAGUGAGUUAAAUUUCUUUCUUUUUUAUGUGCUUAUUUUUAGGGUUUUUUAUUUUCUAUUGAGGCAAGAGGGCAGUGGAGAGAGUUGGAAACUAAGAGAGAAAUGGGGAUCAACAUGCAGAAAGGGGCUGGAAAUUAACCUGAGUUAAAGCCAUAAAUUUUCAAAAAAAAAUUGUGCCAAGAAAAAAAUGAUUGCAAAGUGGUGUUCUUGUUUUUAUUGAUAGGUACGAAACCGACGGCGUGUUUUGUCUUGCUGUACGGAUUCCCCAUGCCCACGACCAGAAUACCGUAGACACCCUUCAGCAAGUUUUUGACAGUGAUCCUGGUCAUAAUGUGAUGAAGGCGAUCAACAAAGAUGAGGUGUACAUUGGCAAAAGAGUGGUUGCAGCCAAGACUCUGAGUCACCCCAACAGAGGGUACUAUCAUGCAGAGUCACGCGUUGGAGACCACUUGCACCACUUGUUCAAAUGUCGUAAUGAAACAGAUUUAUUGCUUUUCUAUGUGUAUGCCUCCCCAUGUGUUAGACAACAUUCAAGCAACACACACCUUCAGGAUAUUGUUGGAGUUAUCGCUCUGAUUCAACAAUGGAAGAACUACGCUAUUGUGUUUUCAAAAUUAUCUAGGUAUGGACUUCGUCCAUUUAAUACCGAAAAAGAGUGGAAUGGAACCCUGCAGCCCUUUGGAGCUUACCAGGGUAUCCAGGGUCCAAAUGGUCUAUCAAAUAUAUUCCGAUGUGACAGGAAAGGUGAUGCAAUGCAGUGCACCUGCUGCUUUUGUGGGAAUCAAAUAGCUCACUACUGUAUUUCAGACAAUUCAAAUGGUGGUGUAAUAGGCAGUGGAGGAAACCCUAAAGUUAAUUAUAGGGAUGGAGCUAUCUGGGAACAUUAUGGCAGUGGAGGAAAAGGGAAAGUUAUAGGAGGCAAUAAAGAAAAAGAAAGUGGUGAAGGAGGCACUGGAGGUAAAGGAAAAGGUAAAGGAGGCAGUGAAGGAAAAGGAAGAGGUGAAGGGGGCACUGGAGGGAAAGGGAAAGUGGAAGGAGGAAACGAAGGAGAAGGAAGAGGAGAUGGAGGCACUGGAGGGAAAGUAAAAGGUGAAGGAGGCAGUGGAGGAAAAGGGAAAGUUGAAGGAGGCAGUGAGGGUGGUGUAAUAGGCAGUGGAGGAAACCCUAAAGUUAAUGAUAGGGAUGGAGCUAUCUGGGAACAUUAUGGUAAUGGAGGAAAAGGAAGAGGAGAUGGAGGCACUGGAGGGAAAGUUAAAGGUAAAGGAGGCAGUGAAGGAAAAGGAAGAGGUGAAGGGGGCACUGGAGGUAAAGGAAAAGGUCAAGGAGGAAGUGAAGGAGAAGGAAGAGGAGAUGGAGGCACUGGAGGGAAAGGAAAAGGUAAGGGAGGCGGUGGAGGAAAAGGGAAAGUUGAAGGAGGGUCAGGGGGAAAAGGUGGAAUUGAAGGUGGUACUAAAGGAAAAGGGAAGGUUGAAGGAGGCGGUGAAGGAAAAGGGAAAGGAGACAGGGGCACUGGAGGAAAUGUUAAAAUUGAAGGAGGCACUGGAGGGAAAGUGAAAGGUGAAGGAGGCACUGGAGGGAAAGAAAAAGGUAAAGGAGGCAGUGAAGGAAAAGGAAGAGGUGAAGGAGGCACUGGAGGGAAAGAAAAAGGUAAAGGAGGCAGUGAAGGAAAAGGAAGAGGUGAAGGAGGCACUGGAGGGAAAGAAAAAGGUAAAGGAGGCAGUGAAGGAAAAGGAAGAGGUGAAGGAGGCACUGGGAGAAAAGGAGGAAUUGAAGGUGGUACUAAAGGAAAAGGGAAGGUUGAAGGAGGCAGUGAAGGAAAAGGGAAAGGAGACAGGGGCACUGGAGGAAAUGUUAAAAUUGAAGGAGGCACUGGAGGGAAAGAAAAAGGUAAAGGAGGCAGUGAAGGAAAAGGAAGAGGUGAAGGAGGCACUGGAGGGAAAGAAAAAGGUAAAGGAGGCAGUGAAGGAAAAGGAAGAGGUGAAGGAGGCACUGGAGGGAAAGUGAAAGGGGAAGGAGGCAGUUGUAGUGAUUUGAAAUGAGCCUCAUACGGUCGCACCAAAAUAUAUGUAGCGAUUUGAAAUGAGCCUCACAAGGCCGCACCAAAAUAAUACUUGGCGAUUGGAAUUUAUAAUAAAUGUCUGAAGAUUAAUAAUCUCAAAUUAUGACAUUUAUGCACUCGUUGAAAGGGGCACCACCCACCCUUAAUGGUGGGAAAAUAAAGAAAACAAAAGUUUAAUUCAGAAAUCAAACAUCAAGUCAGUUUUAAUUAAUCAGUCUUAAUUAAUCAGUCUUAAUUAAUCAGUCUCAUAUCUUAAGUCGAAAUUCUAAUUUCAGGGACUCCACUUCUGGAAGAACACUAACAGACAGGAACUUAGAAAAAUAAUGAUCUGUUUAUUACAGGAUAAAUGAUGGUACAACACACAUGCAAUAAAUGAUGAUAAGAUAAUGAGGAUAAAAUAAUAAUAGGUGAAUAAAUAAAGAUUCUGAGUCAGGCUAGGAGCACUAAAGUUAAUGAUAGUGAGUGAAUAUGCGCUAACAUAUUAACCUACACUAACUUUGGUGUCGAGAUAAACUCGGAUGUGGAUUUGGAGAAUCUAAGAUCACCAGAAAUAGGUGGAUAUCUGAGUUAUGAACGCAUGAGACAGCACCAGCCCUCUUUAGAGCUCUGGAGGUUUGCAUACUUAAGUGAGACUGGUCCUUGGAGAAGAUGGAGCAGGUUCCGAAGGUCCGGGCUACUGGCGGUUCGAGCGGUUCAGCUCAGAAGACGACUGAAGUCAGCCGAAGGAUGAGCCAGGAGUUGCAGCACUCGGGCCCGAAGCAAAAAGCCAGCGCCUGUGGAUCCUGUGGAUGCUCGUUUGGGUACUUCUUUGGUCUCACUUAAAAACUCUGGCACAGAGGAUGACCUGGGCCUGCUGGGUUGCGUUCAGAGGUGACUUUGAAUCACGCAGAAAACUCAGAAAAACGAGGCUCGAAGAGCAGAGAAAACUUUCAAAAAUGGCUUCGCGAAAUUAAAGAAAAAUCAAUCAAAGGCUUAAUCUUGAAUUGCUAUGUGCACAAAAAGUUGAAGUUUCAAAACUUGAACUAAGACGACGUUAAAGAAAAAUCAACGUGAAUCAACACGUGGCGUAAAACUUAGAAGACUAAGAAAAAGUUCUAAGAGAAAACAAAGAAACGCACCACAGAAGGGUGUGGGCAGAAGAGAAGGGGCAUAAGAGCCGGGGACAAGAGAGUCAGCUGAAGAGCAGAAGCAUAAGAGAGAAUAAGAGGCAUAAGAGAGAAUAGAGCAUAAGAGAGUGAGCAACCCCACUUCACUGGUUUUAUCUUCUCACACUGGGUGUGUCUCCGGCGUGUGGGUGUGAGGAGAAAGAGGAGGAGGGGUUGUGUGGUCUCCAAGCAGAGAUGAACUCGGAUCUCUGAUUAUUUGAUCUAACUUAUACUUUUGGCUGGUAAAAGAGUCAGAUCUGAUACUCACUCACUAUGAUUAAUAUCAUUGAAUGCUAGGUUUCAUGAUAAAUAAUUUGACACUAAACACAUAUGAAUGAAGUGUAGGAUCACAUCAAACAUUCUCAUUAUGUUUUAAGUAUCACAUUAAACAUGCUAAAUUACUCUGAAAUGAAACAGAUAGUAACACAUGGAAACUGUGAACAACAAAAGAGUAAAUACAUGUGAAUGAACUUCAUCAUGAUUAAUAAUGGAUUCUAAAUACUCACAUUCAGAUUAUUCAAUGACAUUAUAACCACCUAAUGGUUGAAAAUACUAAAUAAACAUCUACAAUAUAAACCAAACAUUUCUAAACUGUUUCUGUUACCUAGAGUUAAGUUAUGAUUCAUAGUCGAUAAAUUUAACUCUUAAAAGUUCAUGAAACAGUCUGAAAAGCUGUUGGUCUAAAGAACUAAAGAAUAAGGAUUUAUUCUGUCAGAUAAGAUAACUUGGCUUCUGAAGCACAUAGAAAAACGGGAAACAUCUCAUUUUAACACAAAUUUCAUGAUUAGACAGAUUAGUACAUUGCUGAAUGCAUAAGAUGUCAUGAUCAGUCAUUUGUAUUCUUUCACCAAAGGAAUGCAGUCUUUAUCAGUGCAUGGUCGAGCAGGGUUUUACGACCGAGGUCUGGAGGUCAGUGUCCCCCCUUAUCCUGGGGUCCGUAUGUUCACACACUUUAAGACACUAAAUCUCAAAUGGGAGAUCUGGGUUGAGACGUUAAUGUUUAUUUAGAUGGUCAGCAAAUGGAGUCAGUUUGAAAGGUAAUAAAACUCUGUCUCUGUUCUCCGAAUUGACCAAUCGUGAAGAGUCGGAGGUUUAGUCAACCUCCGGUUGGGUCACUUAUUUAACCUGAAAGUGUAAAUGAGUCUGGAAAGAUUUAUAUCCUGUUUCCUGGGACCAGAUAAGGAACUUUCCUGUGAGGAAUGUGUGGGUUUCACACCCAGGGUUGUCUUGAUUGCUACAGUCCCCCCUUCGUCACGGUGGUCCUGUCCAUGGAGCAUCGGGACGACGAGUAGACAACCAUGAAGCAGCAGCAGGUGUAUGCAAAUAGGACUGAUGCGUCUCAUUAUCACUAUGUGAAUCACUAGUAUCUGCUUUAAGAUAACAUCAAGCAUGCAUUAAGCUAUCAAAUAAAAUCGUCUAGGUGUUAGACUUUUCUCAGUUAACUAUUGGUAGACUAAUGUGAAAGAAAAUCUCCUAAUUUUCAGUAUUAAUGAGAUUUAGAAAAGCACUCUUUAGUCUGAAUGCUAACCGGAUCUAAAGCUAUAGCUGUUUUUCAUGCUUGCUGGAGAAGUCUGAAAGUUCAAUUUCAGUUUCAAAAAUGGUUAAGACUUAGGUGGAAAAGAAAUGUCUGCUAUAGACAUAUUAACCAUCUGUGUAUGAGCAUAGUCAACCUGAAUCACAAACAUCAAAGGUUUACUGCACAGAGUUUCUCUUAAACUUUGUCUGUUAAACUUGGGGAUGAUGCUCUUAUCGGUUUGACUAAUUAUCUGCUGUUGAGUCUGAAAUUUGUCAAUCUGAAUCUUAAUGACAGAAAUUUCAGCUUUUAAUCUGUUCAUGGGAUAUUUGACAGCUGACAAGCUGACCAUAUUGACAGAGGAGAGACAAAUGCUAACAAAGAAAGCAGCAACUGGGAUUGCAGUCAUCAAUGUAUCACCACAGCAUUUGGAUAUCUUAUUGGAGUCAUUUAGCUUUGGCUAGGUGACUUCUGCUUUCGCAGGACUCACACCUUCAUGACUCCACAGUGUUAAUCUCAGUGGUUAGCUGAGUUGUCAUGUUUAUUCACCUUCGAAGUGGAUGAAACCGAUUGAGGUGGAUAAUAAGAUCGUCGUUUCUGAGAGUGUGAUUUACUCUGAUUCUGCCAGUCAUUCACCCCCCUUUGGCGGUGUUGAUGGUUUUUCCUUUGUCUGGGACAAAACCCACCGUGACGGGAGUCUGAAUAACAACAGUUGGUCUCAAAGUUUACCUGGCAUUGGUCUGUAUCAGACCCGGGCCUUGGUGUGUAACUUUGACCUUUGUGAAUGUGUUGAGGUCGAAAAGGUUUUGGAGGCCUGGUUAACCACUCAUUUGGAGGCUUAUCGGAGCCUGAAAAUACACAGUCUGAAGCUUCGUUCAGCUCCAUGGGCAGUGAUUUUGUCUCCAUAGCCAAGAGAGUAACGGGCUCUGCUUUCUUAGCCAAAGUUUGUCGUUGUUUGGCAAAACCUUUUACAGCAAGUUCACGAAGCUGUCGGCUAGUCGAAGUGUUUGGACAAGCUAAGACGCCAAGGUGAUGACUGGUGGUAGGGUGGAGGUUCUGGACGAACAGCGUUUUGAAGUUCAAGUCCUCCUCCAUUUCUGGUUCAUUUCGGAAACCAAAGUAAGCUUCACGUAAGCGGUUGUAAUACUGUUGGGGAGAUUCUGAUCUCCCUUGUUUAAUAGACAGAGCAGCAGAAAGGCCUGUCUGGGUCAAAUAGUCAGAAAACUCUUCAAUUAAUGCUUGGCAGAGCAAGUCAUAAUUAUUUCUGACAUGAUAAGGCUGUCUUUCAAGGAAACUGCUAACCUCUCGACUUGACGUUGCCUUAAUAAGGUAGAUUUUGUCAUCAAUGGUUGCACCUGGAAAUUUCCGCAGGUAAAAGUCAAUGUCUUUCAAGUAGGUGCAGGUGUCAAUAGCAGCUUGGUGCUCAGGUUCAAAGCGUGCUAUGUUGCGAGCAAUUUUGUCAAGAUCCCUAUCUGAGGGAAAUGGUAAGAAGCCAUCAUGGGGAGGAGAGUAGGACUCUUGGUUUAAGGAUGACCUCUCAGGGUCAAGCAGGGUCCUGUCAUGAUGCUGAGAGAGAUACUUAAGAGUUGGUUUGGAAGGAAGUGAUGGCGCUCUCUCAGGAGGCUGAUCACCUAUCAUUUCUUCAAGAAAAGUUUGCUCCAUGCGUUCUCUUUGGGCUCGACCUGACUGGAGGGAGCAUUGUAACUCUCUUUGGGCAUCUUCAAGUUCUUUGUCUGUCUUUUCUUGCCGUUCUUGACAAAGAAUUAACUGUCUCUGAGCUAUCUGGAGCUGGUGCUGUAAGGUAGAAGUUUGCUUCUCCUUAACUUCAAGAGCUUCAGCACGCACUUUGACCAGUGCUUUCAAAGUUUUUACAUCUUCUGUUGCUUGCUCUAGCAGGGAUUCUGACUGUAUCAGAUCCUCUGUGGUCUUAGCAAGAUGCUUAUUGGCUUUGUCAAGUUCUUUCUCUUUUUGGUUAAGAGUUUUAUCAAGUCUUUCAAUCUUGUCUUUGAGAUCAAGAUUUUCUUCAUGACUUAUCAGUGAGGGAAGCUUUGACGCUUCACAUCUGGCACUGUGUUUUUCUAAAACACUUAAAGACUUCUUAGUCUCCUCUAGCGUCUUUUUCAGAGCGCUGUUUUCAUCUUUUUGCGCCUUUAUCUUUGCUAAAGCGCAUUCCAGCAAGUAGUCUUUAUACUCAAGCUGAGAAGACAUCACGACAGACAUGCAUCUAGUGAGCUCUUUGUCACGAAGUGUCGUGGUUAAGGCUGUUUCCAGUAAGUCAGCCAUUUCAUCCUCCGGAUUGGAGGGUUUGGCCUUUUGAAUCUUAGUCAUGUACUGAGGUAUCAGCUGACUAGUCAAGUUUGCCAACACUGUGGGUAUGUCCCUCAGGGGGUCUCCCUGGCUGGACUCUUUUGUGUUAGGCAUGUUUGGUUUUGGUAAAGAGGUGCAGCUGGUUGGUUGAUGAGUUUGAGUUGGCUUAAAAUGAAAAGAAGAAGCAAAAUAUCAAAUUAAGUGAGUUAAUCGACUUAAUUUAUCAGUGCUUGAUAAAGAGGAAGAGCCUAUCUGAGUAGAUCUCUAAUGGAGAGAAAAAUAACAUAAAGUUAAAUUCAUUUCAAUGAAAAUUGAAAUACAACAAGGUGAAAUAAUGUUAAAUUAAAUUUAACAUCAGAUACAGAACCAUUGAAUAAAGGGUUCAAAUUGUCUCCGUGUUGCAGAGAUCAGCAAAGCUUAAAUAAACUGCCUGAUGCAGUUGGAUGAAUCUGAAACCAAUGAAAUUGUCAAUUUAAGGAAUUAACUCUAAAGUUAAUUCACAAAUUGCAAUAAAUCCAAAGAUUCAACUACCAAAUCUAUCUGGAAUGUUAAAAGAAAUUUAAAAUAUUAAUUAAUUUGUUCAUUAAUCAAUUAAACUUAUGAGGAGGGUUAAUACAUUCAUGUAUUAUAGGGAACAGUAAAACUGCUCAAUGGUGUGAUAAGUAACAACAGAUCAGGUGAUUGAUUCAAGGAGUUACUUCAUCAAUACAUUAUGGAGGCUCUUAUAACAAAGAUAAAAAUCAAAAAUCAAUAAUCAAUGAUUUAGAAUAAGCACAUCAAACUUCAUCAACCAAGUCAAUCACUUGAGUUAUGUCUGUAGAGUGUAACACACUGACUACAGAGAGGCAGUACAGCUGGCUGAUGCUGCAGGCAGAUAAGUGUUAGCUCAAUACCAAAAGCAACCAUGUGGGGCAGUAUGGAGUUGGGAGAACUGCACAAGCUCAACACAAGUGGAGAAGAAGAAGAGAAGAGGAAACAGUCAUCCAACUAGCCUCUUGUGGCUGUGCGGAGUUGGGAAGUAUGAAGGAAGGGGCCUUUAGGCUCUGCCUCCUUGAAGGGCCUUAUCUGCUUAAGGCCAAAUGGUCGAUCUCUCCACUGACAACAAAGGGUUAAUAUUUCACAGCAGGCUGCGUCUGCACCCUCAAACAUAGAACUUUACACCAUCUGCUCAGGCAGAUUGGUUCAAUAAAAUCAUUUACAGGAACAAGGAUCAAAGUGGCAAAUCCCUCAACAGCAGAUUCAACUGCAGACUUUAAAAUCACAAAUGCUGCGAUUUGUGAACACAAAUUUUGUCUUAAUUCAAUCAAACAACAACCUCCCACUGUUACAGUGGUUUCCUGUGACAGGUAGUUAAUCUGUCAGGGGAAAGGAGGAACUCUAAAUCCCAUAUAGUUACUAGAACUUCGUAGCAGACUAUAGAGACAAGAAUCAAAGUGACAAAUCCCUCAACAGCAGAUUCAACUGCAGACUUUAAAAUCACAAAUGCGGCGAUUUGUGAACACAAAUUUUGUCUUAAUUCAAUCAAACAACAACCUCCCACUGUUACAGUGGUUUCCUGUGACAGAUAGCUAAUCUGUCAGGGGAAAGGAGGAAAAUCUGAAUCCCAUAUAGUUACUAGAACCUCGUAGCAGACUACAGAGACUUCAGGGGCUUGAAACCACAGCUCGGAGCAUCGCGAACACUGGGUUCAGCCAAAGGCCUUAAAUACAAGCGUACGGCGACGCCACAAUCGUGCACUUAAAUAUUGGAUAGUCUAGACAGAGCAGAGGAGUCAGUCUCACUGCUACUCAGAACAACAUUUCACGCUGUCCAGCUCAAACACAGACUACAGGCAUGUAGUACAAGAGUGUGUGAAACACAGAGCAUAAAGCUUUUAUGCAUAGAUCAGGAAAACAUCAGAACUUAGUCAAGCAACUUCAGCAAGCAUAGCAUUGAUUGUGAUUAAGUCUAAAAUAGCCUGGAAAUAAGUUUCUCUCAUCAAUUUGGAAGGCUAAGUUUUAGGUUGUCUGUUAGUAUCCAGAAGUUUUGUUUGAAACGCCUCACACGGGGCACCAAAAUAUAUGUAGUGAUUUGAAAUGAGCCUCAUACGGUCGCACCAAAAUAUAUGUAGCGAUUUGAAAUGAGCCUCACAAGGCCGCACCAAAAUAAUACUUGGCGAUUGGAAUUUAUAAUAAAUGUCUGAAGAUUAAUAAUCUCAAAUUAUGACAUUUAUGCACUCGUUGAAAGGGGCACCACCCACCCUUAAUGGUGGGAAAAUAAAGAAAACAAAAGUUUAAUUCAGAAAUCAAACAUCAAGUCAGUUUUAAUUAAUCAGUCUUAAUUAAUCAGUCUUAAUUAAUCAGUCUCAUAUCUUAAGUCGAAAUUCUAAUUUCAGGGACUCCACUUCUGGAAGAACACUAACAGACAGGAACUUAGAAAAAUAAUGAUCUGUUUAUUACAGGAUAAAUGAUGGUACAACACACAUGUAAUAAAUGAUGAUAAGAUAAUGAGGAUAAAAUAAUAAUAGGUGAAUAAAUAAAUAUUCUGAGUCAGACUAGGAGCACUAAAGUUAAUGAUAGUGAGUGAAUAUGCGCUAACAUAUUAACCUACACUAACUUUGGUGUCGAGAUAAACUCGGAUGUGGAUUUGGAAGAAUCUAAGAUCACCAGAAAUAGGUGGAUAUCUGAGUUAUGAACGCAUGAGACAGCACCAGCCCUCUUUAGAGCUCUGGAGGUUUGCAUACUUAAGUGAGACUGGUCCUUGGAGAAGAUGGAGCAGGUUCCGAAGGUCCGGGCUACUGGCGGUUCGAGCGGUUCAGCUCAGAAGACGACUGAAGUCAGCCGAAGGAUGAGCCAGGAGUUGCAGCACUCAGGCCCGAAGCAAAAACCAGCGCCUGUGGAUCCUGUGGAUGCUCGUUUGGGUACUUCUUUAGUCUCACUCAAAAACUCUGGCACAGAGGAUGACCUGGGCCUGUUGGAUUGCGUUCGGAGGUGACUUUGAAAUCACGCAGAAAACUCAGAAAAACAAGGCUCGAAGAGCAGAGAAAACUUUCAAAAAUGGCUUCGCGAAAUUAAAGAAAAUCAAUCAAAGGCUUAAUCUUGAAUUGCUAUGUGCACAAAAAGUUGAAGUUUCAAAACUUGAACUAAGACGACGUUAAAGAAAAAUCAACGUGAAUCAACACGUGGCGUAAAACUUAGAAGACUAAGAAAAAGUUCUAAGAGAAAACAAAGAAACGCACCACGGAAGGGUGUGGGCAGAAGAGAAGGGGCAUAAGAGCCGGGGACAAGAGAGUCAGCUGAAGAGCAGAAGCAUAAGAGGAAUAAGAGGCAUAAGAGAGAAUAGAGCAUAAGAGAGAGUGAGCAACCCCACUUCACUGGUUUUAUCUUCUCACACUGGGUGUUUCUCCGGCGUGUGGGUGUGAGGAGAAAGAGGAGGAGGGGUUGUGUGGUCUCCAAGCAGAGAUGAACUCGGAUCUCUGAUUAUUUGAUCUAACUUAUACUUUUGGCUGGUAAAAGAGUCAGAUCUGAUACUCACUCACUAUGAUUAAUAUCAUUGAAUGCUAGGUUUCAUGAUAAAUAAUUUGACACUAAACACAUAUGAAUGAAGUGUAGGAUCACAUCAAACAUUCUCAUUAUGUUUUAAGUAUCACAUUAAACAUGCUGAAUUACUCUGAAAUGAAACAGAUAGUAACACAUGGAAACUGUGAACAACAAAAGAGUAAAUACAUGUGAAUGAACUUCAUCAUGAUUAAUAAUGGAUUCUAAAUACUCACAUUCAGAUUAUUCAAUGACAUUAUAACCACCUAAUGGUUGAAAAUACUAAAUAAACAUCUACAAUAUAAACCAAACAUUUCUAAACUGUUUCUGUUACCUAGAGUUAAGUUAUGAUUCAUAGUCGAUAAAUUUAACUCUUAAAAGUUCAUGAAACAGUCUGAAAAGCUGUUGGUCUAAAGAACUAAAGAAUAAGGAUUUAUUCUGUCAGAUAAGAUAACUUGGCUUCUGAAGCACAUAGAAAAACGGGAAACAUCUCAUUUUAACACAAAUUUCAUGAUUAGACAGAUUAGUACAUUGCUGAAUGCAUAAGAUGUCAUGAUCAGUCAUUUGUAUUCUUUCACCAAAGGAAUGCAGUCUUUAUCAGUGCAUGGUCGAGCAGGGUUUUACGACCGAGGUCUGGAGGUCAGUGUCCCCCCUUUUCCUGGGGUCCGUAUGUUCACACACUUUAAGACACUAAAUCUCAAAUGGGAGAUCUGGGUUGAGACGUUAAUGUUUAUUUAGAUGGUCAGCAAAUGGAGUCAGUUUGAAAGGUAAUAAAACUCUGUCUCUGUUCUCCGAAUUGACCAAUCGUGAAGAGUCGGAGGUUUAGUCAACCUCCGGUUGGGUCACUUAUUUAACCUGAAAGUGUAAAUGAGUCUGGAAAGAUUUAUAUCCUGUUUCCUGGGACCAGAUAAGGAACUUUCCUGUGAGGAAUGUGUGGGUUUCACACCCAGGGUUGUCUUGAUUGCUACACAGUGAAGGAAAAGGGAAAGUUGAAGGAGGGUCUGGGAGAAAAGGAGGAAUUGAAGGAGGCACUGGAGGGAAAGUGAAAGGUGAAGGAGGCAGUGAAGGAAAAGGAAGAGGUGAAGGAGGCACUGGAGGAAAAGGAAAAGGUAAAGGAGGCAGUGAAGGAAAAGGAAGAGGUGAAGGAGGCACUGGAGGUAAAGGAAAAGGUAAAGAAGGCAGUGAAGGAAAAGGAAGAGGUGAAGGAGGCACUGGAGGUAAAGGAAAAGUUGAAGAAGGAACUGGAGGAAAAGGAAAAGGUGAAAAAGGAACCGGAGGAAAGGGAUCGGUUGAAGGAGGAAAUAAAGGAAUGUGGAGAGGUGAAGGAGGAAGUGAAGGAGAAGGAAGAGGAGAUGGAGGCACUGGAGGGAAAGUGAAAGGUGAAGGAGGCACUGGAGGGAAAGAAAAAGGUAAAGGAGGCAGUGAAGGAAAAGGAAGAGGUGAAGGAGGCACUGGAGGUAAAGGAAAAGGUAAAGGAGGCAGUGAAGGAAAAGGAAAAGUUGAAGAAGGAACUGGAGGAAAAGGAAAAGGUAAAGGAGGCAGUGAAGGAAAAGGAAGAGGUGAAGGAGGCACUGGAGGAAAAGGAAAAGGUGAAAAAGGAACCGGAGGAAAGGGAAUAGUUGAGGGAGGAAAUAAAGGAAUGUGGAGAGGUGAAGGAGGAAGUGAAGGAGAAGGAAGAGGAGAUGGAGGCACUGGAGGGAAAGUGAAAGGUGAAGGAGGCAGUGAAGGAAAAGGAAGAGGUGAAGGAGGCACUGGAGGUAGAGGAAAAGGUGAAGCAGGCAGUGGAGGAACAGGAAAAGGUGAAGGAGGCAGUAAGGGUAUGUGGAGAGGUGAAGGGGGCAGUGGAGGAAAAGGUAAACAUCAAGGCAGCAGUGUAGAAGAGGGCAAUGGGAGUAGCAGCAGUUGGCAUAAAUGGAGGGUUUCGAUUGGAGGUCAUUCAGGUCAUGAAGAAUCCAGCUGGCAGACCAAAGGAGGUGGAAGCAGUGGAUAUGGCUGGAUGACAGGAAAAGAGGGUCAAGAAAUAUACUAUGGACAUGACCACGUCAAAGGAACAGAGGGGUGCAAAGGUUGUACUGGAGCAAAAUGCAGUUGUCAUGGCCACCAUGGUCAUUGUUGCCAUUGCAAACACAAUAAAAAGGAACAGAGUCCAUAGUAAAAAUUAGGCAGUGUAGGCUCACGAAACCCCUGCACAGACUAUUUGCUUGACAAAAAAAAGACUAUCUGUGUUCAAAUAUGCUUUAGUGAGAUAUUUGGUCCUAAACCAAAACAGCAAUGUCUGGGUAAUGAAAUGUGUUUAAAAUAUAAGUCUCCUAUGUUCAGUUGUUUUUCAGAUGUUUCAUUUAAGAAGUGUUGCAGUGUGGCUGACAUGGCUAUAUUGAAAAGAUGUAGACCUGAUCUUCACCAUGUUCAAAAAGACAUGUAUUAUUUACAAUGAAAGAUGUGUGAGAAUUUGAGGAUGUAAUUAUCUUACUAUUGUGUAUAUAAACAAAUUGGAUCUAAGGUCAAAGGAAAUUAUAGAAACAAAAGAAUUUGGGGAUUUUUCAGGAAGGUGAGGAAUCCUACAGAGAAAGUAAUGUCUUAACUGGCUGUCUCUCUUGCUAUACAAAUACUACAUGUGACUUUCAAGUCAAUCUGAAACACCCACUGCAAAAAAAAAAAAAAAUCAAUUUUUGUCUGUAUUAAGCUGUUUCACUCUCUCUUUAAAUGCAGAUUAUUUCAUUUUACCCUGACAUACAAUUAUUUACUUGUCCCUGGUACCUGGACUACUUUUGUAAUUUGAGUAUUUUUUCUGUAAAGCAGUACCUGUUUUACCAGCGCUAUUAAAGCUUAGCUCAGCAUUGAUUCUGUUCUGGCAGUCAAUUAUUUUUCAACUUCUCACAGUAUUGCAUCGAAUUUCCCCUCAAGGAUAAGUUAAGUUCUUAUCUUAUCAUUAACCUUAAGCAGGCCAUUCAGAGGACUUUUGCUGUUUCUCAAAAAAUAACCCGACAAAUAAUUACGAUUUUGGAUCCAGAGAGGGUCAAGCUCUGGCGAGCAUGGCAUCCUUUUUAGGUUCUGAUACUUAUGACAUUGUGGUACUGAUGUGGCAAAGGAUCAGGUAUCUCCUUGUUUGUUAAACCUAUACUAAAGUACAAUUCCUUGAAAUGCUCCACGUCCACCCUCAUUUUAACAUCUCUCCUUUAAAACAACAGUUUAGACUAUUAUGACUUUAUUCUUGUGAUAAUAUGAUUUAAUUCUCCUAAAUUUAUGACUUUAUUCUUGUAAUAUUAUUAAUUCUCAUAAAUUUAUGACUUUGAUCUAUUGGGAUAAAAUAUCUAAAUGUGGCCCUACUACUCUGUCGUUUAAACAUUAUAAAGGACGUUAAAUAUAAGUGUGAACAGAUUGAAUGAUUUAUUAGAUCUGGCGCCU